AUGCCUGUCGCGCCAUCCCUCUACAAUGCCGCCGUCAAGCGGCCCUGGCUCAUGAGAAUGCUCAAGCCGCUCGCCAGUUGGUACGCGAAUGCUGCCGGCUACCGCCAGAUGGGUCUCCGCGCCGACGACCUCAUCGUCGAAGAGAACGAGACCGUGCUCAAGGCCCUGGGCCGCCUGUCCCCCAAGGAGAGCUACGACCGCGUCUACCGCAUCCGCCGCGCGACCCAGCUCAGCCUUCAGCACAAGCUUCUGCCCAAGUCCGAGUGGACAAAGCCCGAGGAGGACAUCGCCUACCUGAGCCCAAUCUUGGAGCAGAUGGCUAUCGAGUCCAAGGAGAAGGCCGCCCUCGACACCCUGACCGUACUUAAGAAGCACUGA